GUCACAUAUCCACCACAUUAACCUCUCUAUCUACAUACAAUUAUUGAACAAGUGAAGAGAUGAGGCCUUCUAUGAAGCUACUAGCAACUUUUUUGCUUGUUGUGAUGUGCCUUAUGGCCAAUGGAAUGGGUGGUGGUCCGAUGGUGGCGGAAGCAAGGACAUGCGAGUCGCAAAGCCAUAAGUUUAAGUCGGCAUGUUUGAGUGACACAAAUUGUGGAAAUGUGUGCAAGUCCGAGGGGUUUCAUGGUGGAAAAUGUCGUGGCUUUAGAAGAAGGUGCUUUUGUACCAAACAUUGUUAGAUAGGUCGAUUGUGUUUUGUGUGUGUGUUUGUGGCCAUUAAUUAAGUUGCGAGUGAAGUAAUGUUUGUUUGUAUGAAUAAGUCUUGUUUUGGUUUUCAUUCCAAAACGACGCGCGACGUACUUGUAAUAUUAAUCUUUAAUUUGUGUAUGUUUAAUUAAUGUGGUGAUUGCUCAAUCACUUACUUUUUUUCUUAA